CAAGAUUCUUCCCAGCCUCAGACAGAAUAACUUCAUGAAUAAUAUGUGCAAUAUAAAUUAUAAAAUGGCUCUGAGCAUGAGUAUAGUUCUGUUGUCAUAAAGAUGUUUGCUUUUGUUCAUUUAGGUUUCACCAGCAUGAGAUUAGAUAAAAUGCAAAAACAUUGCUUCACUGAGAGACAAAUUUACUGCAAUAGUAUAUUCAUAAACCCUAAUUCCCUUUGCACACUGAAAGACAUCCACCCAACUAGUGAUUUUGUGUGUCUCUCUCCUAGCAACCCUUGAAAUCUCUCCCGGAUUGUAAGAGGAGGUCUGCUAAAAGGCCUUUCCGAUUCAGUGGUUUAUGGCCUGGUUAGUGGACCUGGAAAUUAUACCAUAGGCCAGUAGUUCAAGCUGUAAGGGGCUUGGUGCUGUUUUAUCUGGGUCAAGUCAAGAGCAAGUCAUCAUUCAUCUUCACUUGGUCUUCAUAUUAGAGUAUCAUAAGGCAAAGCUGACAGUUAUGAAUAUGAUCACAUUAACGGAACUGGCAGACCUGGCAAUAAGUAACCCUGAAGCAGGAUCUGUCAAUUUGACAGCCUUAUACUCUCUCCUGCAGUGUGUACUGGAUCAGCUGGGCAUCGGCUCAUUGAAGAGGAGCUCUCUGAGAGGCGCACCAGACCAAUCUGAAACUGGGCUGGCGGAAGGUACCUGCAGUCCUGACUCAGCUGGUGUGUCUGCCCGUGCAUUGGCACAGAGGCUGGCCAGGCUUGAGCAACGCAUGGAUGCCCUGGACCAGCUGCCCACUACCGACGCUCUCCUGAAACAGACCACCUCUGGCAGUGCCCAGCUUGUCAGAGACAUGUGGCAGCUGAUGCAGCUUCGCAAAAAGACAGAAGCCAACCAUGAUGGCAUUGCCAAGGCCAUGUCUGUACUGGGGGACUUGCUGGAUGAAGUAAGGAUCCUUAAGGAUACAACAAAUAGAACUUUCAUGCAGAUGGAUGAACUGCAAGUGACACAGCAGGCAGUCACUUUACAAGCAGUGAAGGAGGCUAUGACAACUAUGGAGGACUUAAAAGAGAGAAUGAGACAAAUGGAGGAGGCUGUGAGGUCAUUAGGCAGUAACCUGGCUGCCCUCCCCCACCCCGAGGAGCUGGUCCUGUGGAGCCAUGUGGCCGAAGCUCUCCCCCAGCCGACCAGGCCGCAGAACCAACCCAGCAUGGAGUCCGAACAGCAGGAGGGACAGCAGGCCCUGCGCUGGGUCGGAGCUCUGUCCACCCAGCAGGCAGCGCUCAAAGAGGAGCUGGAGUCGCUGCAGGACCAGCUGCAGCAGCUCACGCUGGCACUGGCAAACAAGGACAUCCCCAAUAACAUCCAGGCACAUUUAAAAUCCCUGGAUGAUGAGUUACAUUCUUUGAAAAGAAAAGAAACACAGGAGCAAAGGGGUCUGAAGACGUUCUAUGAUAAACUGGCAGAGUUCAGGGCAGAAUCUGACAGACAGAAUGCUGCCACUGAGCGACUGCUGGACAGCUGCAGAGAGUUGGAGAGCAGAGUGUCUCACCUUGAGCGGCACAGAGUCCAAAUGCAGAAAAGAAAAGGUUCUGGUGAGAGUGGUGAGGGGCAGCUGGAAAGAGGCGUGGGGGAUGAGGAUGCGUCUCUCAGUCAAGCUCAGCAGAAGGCCAUCUCUCAAUACCUGAGCUCCCUACUGCAGGACCUGCUGCCUACCCUGCCCACACAGGACUGGGACUGGCCAGAGGUGCUGGACAAGCUGUCCAAGGACAUGGAACACAAGCUAGAUCGCGUGGAGCUCAUCCCUCUGAAGCAGGAGCUGGAAGACGGCUGGAGGAAGAUCAAAGCCAGGCUAAAGGAGGAGCCAGAUCUCGGGGCUAACACACCUGCAGGCUUCCGAAAAAAGCUGCUGGAGAGGGUUUCCUGCAUCUCCUGUGAUAAGCCUGCAAACAUAUUGACAGGAAUGCACCUGGUGACGGUCAGGUCCACAUCACCUCGUCCUGGCAGAUCUGGGUCUACGGGGCCCCGCCAGCGGAGAUGGGCCUGGAGCGGGGGGGUCCAGACCCGCAGAGCUGCAGCUGACAGACGACCGCCCUCCGCCCAGACCCUUCGCUCCUUCUAUCCCAGCAUGGACCCUGUCCAGCAGCCCUACUGCAGGGAGGAGGUUGGGAUCCUGGGGACUGAUGGCAUCCUGUACAGAGGCCGUGUGGACCUGACCUUGCCUUCCCUAGUGCCCCCUUGUUCCAGGUCCAGUACCCCUGUCCUGCCAGAGAGAAUAUGACCACCGGCACAGCUAAGGACACACAUGCUGCUCAUGUACAUUAUCAGUGCAUUCAGCACACACAUAUAAAGAGAAUCAGAGACUUUGUUUUUGCUAUCAUUUGAAUCCAGUUAAAAUUAAUACGAAUGUCCUUGGUUGUCUGUAAGUAUAUAUAAUUACUGAGGCCUGUGUUCAGUAAGCAGACCAAAAUAUUACCAAGCCCUUUAAAUAUAGUGUACAUUGUCAUUAUAAAUGCCUCAGCAACAAAGCAGGAGGAAGAGAAUAUCUGUAACAGAAGGUAUUAUAAAUGUAAUCUCUGCUUUAAGUUUAAAAAUAGAGCAGUGGGAACAAUCCUUUUACACCCAGGCUGACGAGGAAGCUGUCAGAGGCGUGUCUCUGUGUGGGGUCUACGUACGAGCACUGCAGUUCUUCUGACGCUCCACACUAAUCCUGCUCCUGCGUCUGCUGUAGACUGCAGUGCAGCUACUCCGAAGAUAGCAUUGCACCUACAGCUACGCCUGAUUAAAAAGCAGCCAGUUCCAGUUGGCUGCAUCAUGACUGUU